AUGGGCGGUGGCGCCUCAACGAGGAAACAAAUGCAGGACGACAGGAACGUAUGGAAUUCAGCCAAACGUGUUGAUAGUUCUCCGCGUUUUAUAGAGGAUGAAGUGAAGGCGAUGAAUGAUGUCACACCAGCGUUACUUGCCACAAACACCGCACUCGACUCCCCUGCUAAGGCCGCGCAUUUUACCUCCACACGAGAGGCCCUCACGCGGGACGAUCAAUCUUCUCGGAAUGAGCGAAGGGGGCAGUGCGGGUUGCGCCAGUCCGCGCCGUCGCCUCAAAACCUUUUUCAAAAUUUUGAGUCCCUCUCCCGUGAGUUGAGGCGGCUUUCUACAAGACGACGAGCGGCGUCUACGUCACUCAAUGGGAACACCUCGUCACCGCAAUUGCCGUCUAUUCGUGAGCUCCCGGGAAUCGUUCAGAACGUCACACCGAAGGACACCGGAGGGACGUCGCUUAGUCCGCGCGUGAAGCUGCUCUCAUGUCUCGUUGCUGUGGAGGAGAAUUCCAGGGUUAUGUCGCCGGCGUCGGCGGCGGCUUCAAUAACUUCUUUGCGUAGAUUAAAUGAGGGCAAUUCACGCCGUGCUUCCAUGCUGUCACAAAACGCAACACCCGCCGGGCGGACACGAGGAGGCCGCAUUAGAGUUGUGGUGCGCAAGCGGCCUAUGAUGGCUGAUGAAAUGGGGAGUGAUUGCGUUUCGGUGGAGUCGCCAUGGGUCCAUAUCUCCGUCAAGAAGUUGCGCGUUGAUCUGACGGACUAUGAGGACGUGAAUGAGUUCAUGUUUGACGAUGCUUUUGCGGAGGACCAGAAGAAUGUGCAUGUCUUUGAGCGCUGCAGCAAAGAUUUGAUCGCCACAACACUCGACGGCGGUAGCGCCUCGUGCUUUGCGUACGGCCAGACUGGCAGUGGCAAAACGCACACAAUGCUUGGGAAUGACCAGGAAAAGGGGCUGUACCUUUUGGCCGCGGCGGAGUUGUUUGCGCAACUGACGCCGGAGCACGAAGUUUACGUAUCCCUGUAUGAAAUUUACUGUAACUCCCUUUUUGACCUUCUUAUGAACCGCACCCCCGUCGUUGUGCGGGAGGAUCACAACCACCGAGUCAACAUCUGCGGGUUGUCGUGGCACAAUGUGAGCUCCGCGGAGGAGUUGUUUUUGCUUAUUAGCAGUGGUACCGACCAACGCCGCACUGGAAGCACGAGUGCGAAUGAACGCUCUAGUCGCUCCCAUGUAGUUUUGACAAUUCGGGUUUUUUGCCGCAAGGACACAUCGUUCUGCGGAACACUGAACUUUGUUGAUCUCGCCGGCAGCGAGCGGGCAUCGGAAACGUCUACAAACGACAAGCAGACACGCCAGGAGGGGGCGGAGAUCAACAAGUCACUGCUUGCGCUGAAGGAGUGUAUUCGGGCGCUGGACGAGAAGAAGAAACAUGUGCCGUUCCGUGGCUCGAAGCUAACGGAGAUACUCCGCGACAGUUUUACAGGGAACAGCCGGACUGUCAUGAUAGCAAACAUCUCUGCCUCUUCCUGCAGCUACGACCAUACUGUGAAUACGCUACGGUAUGCCUUCCGCGUUAAGGGUCUCAGCAUUGCCAAUAUUGUGCCAAGCAAAGCGCGUAAUGCGCCGCGGCCGAUGCGACAGGCCGUCAGUGAAGUCCCACCGCUGCUCAAUUUUUCCAACAUCGCCGCGGCCGAUGCACCGGCAGGAAAGGCAAAGACACCCCCGACGGGUACAAAUGGUCGACGCGCUUUAAGUACACAGAGGGGCAGAAGCUGCACACCAAAAACAGGCAACCUCAACGUCCAACGCGGUAACAUGAAUCCGAUCCAUCAAAGUACGAUAGGGGACACGCACGCCGACAAAUUCUCCACGUACCUCCGUGCGGUGACGCAUGAGAAGUUGUUGGAUUUGCUCCCACCGGCCAAAUUACGGGAGAUGCUGAAUAAAGAUACCAGCAAUCGAGAUGGCGGUGCCAGCACAUCGGAGAGUUCCACUGUUUCUUUGGAGGAAAAGCAGCUGUUGGCAGAGAUGGUAAGCCACGUGGUAGAGAAGUUGAAAGUUGAACUUGGGUCUGAUCUUACACAGAAUAUAAAGAAGCGUGAUCGGCUUAUUAGGAAACUUCGCGACGAAAAUGGCGCGCUGCGAAAAGCCAUUGUUACGCUGGAGAAGAGGGUUGGAGAGUGCCCGCGUUGCAGACAACGGGCGAGAUCAAAUUCAAUCUCAUAA